AUUGAAACGCUUCUGGCGGUUUUAUUUUGAAGGGCUGUAUGACCCGGAUGUGAUGUAAUCGGUGUUGCCGUUAGCCGUUAGCUGUUAAUAACAUGACGUGGACGAGCCUCUUGUCCACCAGUGACAGCGUGUUUCUGGGCUCCGGAUCAGUCUGUCUGAACGGGCCAACACGGAACAUUUCCCGCUGACUCAAUAUUUAUAUAUUUAUAACUUUAUUCAUCGGACCACAAGCAGCUAGUUAGCUUAGCAUGCUAGCUGGUUAGCAUCGCGGCUAGUCCAACAAACUGAGUUUCUAACGGAGUUUGAGUGGACAAAAAGUUGUGAGAAAAAUGUCUAAAAAUGAAAUGCUGAGAGUUUUUGUCAGCCAGAGACUGAGUGAAGCUGCUGAAGAGAUCUUUGGUCUGUUUGAGAGAAUCAUAGCAGAGCACGAGGAGAAGAACGAGAGACAACAGAAACUACUGGAGGCUGUUUACAACCCUCAGCUUCACUUACACAGAGCAGAUUUACCUCCAGAGGAGCAGAAAGGGGGUGUUUUUGUUAAACGGGAGCAGCAGGACUGGAGCUGCAGCCUGGACCAGGACCAGAACCAGAACCCGGAGCCCCGAGACAUUAAAGAGGAGCAGGAGGAGGUGUGGAGCACUCGUGUCCCUGUGAAGAGUGAAGAUGAAGAAGAGAAACCUCAGUCCUCACAGCUUCAUCACACACAGACUGAACACAUGGAAACAGAAGCUGCUGGAGAGGACUGUGGAGGACCAGGACCAGCCAGGACCGACUGUGGAGGACCAGGACCAGCCAGGACCGACUGUGGAGGACCAGGACCACUCAGGACCGACUGUGGAGGACCAGGACCAGCCAGGACCGACUGUGGAGGACCAGGACCACUCAGGACCGACUGUGGAGGACCAGGACCUCUCAAGACCGACGGUCCACAUCGUCUCUUGCGGCCCGUCGGCGAGGACGAGGACUCGUCCGUCCCUGUGAGGACUGAAGAGGACAAAGCUUCAGAAGCUGAUGGAGAGGACUCUGGAGGACCAGAACCACUCAGGACUGACUGUGGAGGACCAGAACCACUCAGGAUUGACCCCCCAGAUCCGGCCAGUGGAGACUCUUCUGAAGCGGAGACUGACGACAGCGCUGACUGGACGGACACCAGAGAACCUCCGACAUGUUCGAACUCUCUGGGAAAUCAAAAAAAGCCGGUCAGAGCUGGGAAGAAAGCUUUCAGCUGCUCUGAAUGUGGGAAAAUAUUUUCCCGGAGAGAAUCUCUGAACACUCACAUGAGAUGUCACACAGGAGAGAAACCGUUCAUCUGCAGGUUCUGUGAGAAACCUUUCAGAACCAGUGGACAUUUAAAGACUCACAUAAGGAUCCACACAGGAGAGAAACCGUUCAGCUGCUCCGUCUGCGGGAAACCUUUCAGAACUAGUGGACAUUUACUGACACACAUGAAGCUCCACGCAGCAGAGAAACCGUCUUGCUGUGGUGACGCUCCACAGGGAGGGGAGAGCCUGACGGGACACGGAGGAGAGAAACCCUUCAGCUGCUCCGUCUGCAAGAAGUCUUUCACCCUGAGCGGGACGUUAAAGAUCCACAUGAGACUCCACACCGGAGAGAAACCCUACAGCUGCUCCCUGUGUCAGAAAUCUUUCAGAACGAGUUCUCAUUUAAAGACUCACGCAUCGAGCCACACUGGAGAGAAACCGUUCGGCUGCUCUGAGUGCAGCAAAGCCUUCAGACUGAAAGCGUCUCUGCUGACUCACAUGAGGACUCACACGGGAGAGAAACCGUUCAGCUGCUCCAUCUGUAAGAAAGCUUUCUCACAGACGGGACAUCUACGGAAACACAUGAGGAUCCACGGAGCAGAGAAACCCUCCAGCUGCUCCGUCAGUGGUAAAGCUUUAAAUCGAGGGAAAACCUGAAGACACACAGGCCCGCCAGACUCUCAUCUGUCCCGUCAGAGUCUAAACUGUCCCGUCAGACUCUAAUCUGCCCCAUCAGACUCUAAUCUGUCCCCCCAGACUCUGAUCUGUCCCAUCAGACUCUAAUCUGAUAUAUAUAAAUAGGCCAAUCUUUUUCAGAAAUAAAUAUAUUUAUAUGAGUAAAGAAUAACGAACAUUACAAAAUAACUAAAUGCAGUCAUGAAAAAAUGAUUAGACCUCCUUGUUUUCUUCAGUUUCUUGUUCAUUUUAAUGUCUGGUUCAACUAAAGGUUCAUUUGUUUGGACAAAUAUAAUGAUAACAACAAAAACAUAUGAUAAGAGUUUAAUUUUAGAGCUGAUAUCUAGACAUUUAACAUGGUUUUAUUCAUAAUGAUUUUGGUUAUUAUCAAGAAUGUUUCCAUGACUAGAUGUAAAAAUGACUAAAAAAGUAAUAAAAUGACCAAAAUAGAUGUUAAAUUGAUCAAAAAAGGCACAAAAUGACCAUAAAUAGAUGUAGAGAUGACCAAAAUGGAUGUAAAAAUUAUUUUAAAAAUCAUAUUUUCUAUAUAUUUUUCAGUAUUUUGUAUUACCGUUAUUGCAAAAAUACCCUGAAAUAUGGUGAUAAUCUUUUAGGGCCAUAUUGCCCAGCCCUGGUGAGAGGCACCAAAAUUUGGGCUUUUUUCGUAAAAAUAUUUUUAAAAAUCCAAAUAUAGGAAACUACGUUAAGUAGGAGUGUCACGAUUCUCCAGACUUUAUUCUAAGGACACCACUUGAUUACAUUUUUGAUUAAAAUUUUAUUUUUCAGCCAUUUUUGCCAUUUUUAGAAUCUAUCAAGUAUCGAUCUGUUCAGAUGUUUCUUCCAGUUUGAUGUGAUCUGAUCAGGUCUGGAGAGGAAACAUCUUUAAUGAUAAUCAACCACAGAACAAUGCAACGUCUGUCAUUUAUAAUGAGUGUGUUUCUUUUAUUAAUAAAUCUAUUUUGAUGAGAA